AAACAAGUUGAUGAGACAUAACAAUGGUAACCUCAGUAGUCGGUCGAUCGUCUCCUGUUUAUUAUUAGGUUUUAUAAUUAUUUUUUUUUAUUUUCGCUUUUGUUUGUGCGCGAAUUUUUAGUUCAGUUAUUACAUAUUUGUUUGGUGACAAUUCAAUAGUUAUUUCGUUAUCUUAUAAUUAAGGAUGAAAAACGCUAAAGUUAAGAAUACAAGAGCAUGUUUGGAACAUUUCAGCGACGAAGGUGGAUAUUUCGAUGUUGUUGUACGACCAAUGUUGCAACAAGGACACGAAGGAGAAUUAUGCAGCUGGUUGAAAGAAAUGAGUCUUAUUCGUACAGUCUCCAAUUGUCCUAAUUGUAAAGGACGAAGUUUAGCAUGGAAUCCUGCGAGAAUCGUUGACAAAUACAGUUGGUCUUGCCCCAACUGUAUGAGAAAACAAUCCAUCAGGGAUAAUUCCUUUUUCUUGGGGAUAAAAUGUGAUUUGAAAAUGUGCCUUCAGUUGAUACUAGGAUGGUGUCAAAGAAUUCCCUGCGAAAUUACUGCUUCGUAUCUAGAUGUCAAGAAACACGUAGUAAGAAAGAUAUACGAGCGGUGCGACGAAGUUUCCGCAGUCUACGUGAAAAAGCAUCCGGAGGAUUGGUUACUAGGUGGCGAAAGUGCAAUAUUGAUAGUGGAUGAAUUUCCCAAUGGCUAUAUGACAGAGCAUCAACCAGAUGUGAAUUCUGCAAAGAAGCGCAAUAAUAACUCACACACCAUCAUAUGUAUCGCAGAAGUAAAUACUAUACCAACUCGCAUAUGGUUACAUAUGAUUGAAGCAAUAUCAGAGCCACAAAAGAUGGAGAAGCAACGAGCGGGAUUAAUAGACAGAUGUAGCAACAUGGUCGAAGAGGCUCUGAAGGAAAUGGUGCGACACACGAUACCAGGCAGUUACAUAGUAGCUAAUAAUCGCGCGUGUUGUUGCAGUUACGAAUCUUUGCGAAGCUUGAAGCAAUAUAAAGUUAUCAGUGUAGAACAACUACAGAAAUUCGAUCCACCUGGUAUGAGGAAACUUGUCGACAAUCUUGAGACGAUCUGGCAAAGCGCCGUCGAAAUCUGCGAGGAAGUUCAAGAAGCUACGCACACCUUAGGUCAACACAUCAUCGCCAGACAUUUAUGGAGACAGAAAUUUGGUAUGCCCCCUUCUACAGCGUUUCAAUAUAUGCUGAAUCAUAUCGCAGAAAAAUAUCGAUUUUCUCAAGGUUAGAGAUAUAGAGACUCGAUCGAGUCUUUUGCCAUAUCGUGAUCACGUCGUACAAAGCGUCGUACAAAGCGUCUCACUUUUUAAAGAUUGAAACGUUCGAUGAGCGUGAGUGACCGAACGAUCGACUGGAAUAUUGUACGUACGCGAAUCCCACAAGUUGCCUUAUUAAAUAUUUGCAUGUUCGCAAAAGAUGGAUCGUUGUUGAAUCGUCGUCGACGUACAAUAUGUGGGUCGUAAUGUAAUAAUUACAAAUAUUACUAUAUUAUCGAGUCUUCCAACUAUAUUAUUGAGAUAUUCGUAUUAUAUAAAACUUGUAUAAAAGUAUCAGUUGUGAGAUUUCAACCGUACGGAGUGUCUGAGGAAAAUACGCUAGAGCAAAAUGGACACAUUGUCGUCGGUGUUCGCAAAAAGCUGUACAUGAUGUGAUUUUCAGUUUUACAUCGACAUAUCAGAAGACACGAAUCUAUGACUUGAUAGCCAUUUCGGCUUUUAGAUUUGACCUCCAAAUAUUAUCGCAAAAAUCAUCCCGCGUAUAUCUUCUCUCUGCCAUCUCUGAGUUACUAUUGGUAAGAAUAUCGAAAGACUGAGAUUAACGCCAAGACAGAAUGUCGUUUCACACGAUAAAAAAAUUUAGCAAUAUUAGAAGAUUGAUAUAAAAUGAUUGCAACAGCAUAUAUAUAUAUAUAUAUGCGUAUGUAUGUUAUACGUCGCUCUAGCGUCGUUACAGGUGAAAUAUUUUUAUACGUUCAUGUAUAAAGCGAUCGAAUAUAUUGUAUUUUUCAUGCAUGAACUUUGGUUAAUUUGCUACAUUGUUUCAUCGUGGAAUAAUAAGAGAAAUAUAUUUUGUACGUUUUUCUAUAUACGAGUAAGGGAACGAGUAAUUUUUACAGCAAAUAAACACACCCACACACACACACACACACACACAAUACUGAAAAUAAAAAUAUCAACAUCGUAUGAUACACAAACAGAAGAAUAGAGAGCGAUUCAUAUGUUGACUUCGCUACGUAGAUGUUACAUAUGAUGUUGUAAUUUCCAUUUUCAAUAGCGUGUUUUUUUUAUACAAGUUUUUACUUUUUAAGAAAUAUUAAUCAUCGUGAUCGUAACAUAUAAUAAAUUCCUCCGUAUUGUUUGAAGUUUUUUUUUCCAGACGUUCCCAAAUGUUGACAUAUGCACUAAUUGAAUGUGUAAUAUUACGUUUCAUAUAUUUCAUAUGCAUAUUGUUUUUAUUGGAGAGAACGUUCGUUUAUAUCGAUACAACGUUACGUAAACACGUAUUUUAUUUCUACCGUUGGAUGCAAUCGUAUAAGAUAUAGAAUGGCCUGACAAUCAUGGCAUGCGAUAUUUAUAUGUGAUACAAAACAUGAAACUUUCCGAUGUUUGCGAUAAAAUGGAAUAGUUAUCGAAAAAUCACAGUUAACAGUUAAGUAAUUAAUUUUAUUCACUUAUAAACCACUUUAAUAAACAAAUCGAUAUUCAUCCUUACUCACCCCCCUUUAAUCAUUUUGACAUAUAUGAUCAAAAUCAUGAUCCUAAGUAACACGCAAUAAAGUUUCAGCCGUCGCCGUAGUUUGUUUAAAUUAUUAACGACAAAAAAGUUUGAAAAAUAUGAUGUACCCUUACUUACCCCACCACGUCCUCGUUUUGCAAACAACCAUGAAAAAUUUCAAGUUAUUAAUUAUUCAAAAUGAAUACCGACUCCUUUAAUUAAUAACUCAAAAACUUGCUUUAUUUGUUACUUGUGUUAUUUGCAAAAUGGUUAAAAAUUUUUUGUUUAAAGUAGUGUAUACGACAACUGUUGUAUCUAGCAACAGUAUAUUUUUAAUCUGUCGCUAAAUUCAAUAGUAACAAUAGCUGUGUAUAAUACUUGUAGAUUAGGCAACUUCCCUCGUAGCAUCGAAUAUUGCGGUAAGAUUAUAAGGAGGUUACAACUUUUAAGGCUCCUGGAUAAUCGCUAUUUCUGUCCUUAGAUGACGUCAGAAGCGAGAAAAAUCAUGCCAAUCUAUAUGACAGUAUAUGUGGAAAUAAAAGAAUAUACGCGCAAAAUAACACGCGUAAUCGCACAUUUAUAAAAAUGUUUUUUUUCUUGGGAGAUUCCCAAGGAAUGAUUCUAAUUGACUACUUGAAAAAGGACAAAACAAUAACAGAAGAGUAUUAUGCAACAUUAUUCGAUCGUUUGAAAGAAGAGCUGAAAAAUAAGCAGAUUUAUGCGCAAAAAGUAUUCUUCCAUUCUUCAUAUAGAAUACAUUUCAAUGCUUCCAUCACUGAUAUAUUAAGUAUAUCUGGAAUACAUCAGAGGAACUCAUUUGCACACAAUUGUCUUCGAUUGAUUACUCUUUGUAUAUUGUUUCUUUUUUUAUUAAGAACACGUUUUACAAAGCAAAAUCUUACGACGGUGGAAGUGUUGAAUGUUGGUGAAGCUGAAGACUACCGAGUUAGUGUUGGUUGAUAUAUUUUAACGAGCUUCUGGAAAGGUGAGUGCGGAUAAGGAUAUCGACACAUUAAUAUAAAAAGUACUCUUUGAGUGACAGCGUGAAUAUUAGGCCGGCACAUUCAUUCGUCCAUUCGUUCCUUCAACCAUUCAUUCGAUCGAUAGGUCGGUCAGUCUGUCGGUCGGUCGGUAAGUCGGUCGGUCCGUCAGUCGAACAGGCAGGCGGCAGAUAUUUUUCUAUAUACGCGCGAAUACACUGCACUUUCAUAUGUAGUAGGCAUUUGAAAGCUAAACUUUUUUUUUCUUUCUAGACGUAGUGAAAAAUAGUGCAAAAAAAGAUCACUGGUAUUGUACAAAUGUUUUAUACAAUAUACACGCAUUACCGCUUGACGCAAUAAACGCAAUAGCGCUAUCUUCCUGUUAACGAAUGCGCACACAGAGAAGAAACAAUUUUCUAUGUUGAAGUUGCGCGCGAUUAACGUCAUUAAGUAGCAGUUUCCGCGAGUCCUCGAUUUAGUCGUUAAGUAUCUCAUGCACACACAGAUGCAACUCGCAUUUGCCUCGGACUCGUUGAUCUCUAAUAGUACAAGUGCACACGCCAUAAAUAUAUACUAUAAUUACAGAUCAAUUCCGAAUGAUCCGAAUAUUAACUACCUUUUCCUUUCGAUGAUUGUAACAAGAAGAUAACAACGGAAGAGCGUAUCGAGGAAUAUAGCAAAGAUGGUAAACUCAUAUAACCAACCUAUAUAACGAAGUUGUGUGUGUGUGUGUGUGUGUGUGUGUGUGUGUGUGUGUGUGCGCGUGCGUGCGUGCGUGCGUGCGUGCGUGCGUGCGUGCGUGCGUGCGUGCGUGCGUGCGCGGGUUGUGUGUGUGUGCACAUAUUGAGAGAAAUCCCUCUCCUACCCUCUUUCAUAUUCCCUCACACGCGCACGCGCAUACACACCCAUUCAAAAACUGUUAUACGAUAUAGUCCAACGUAAUAAGAAGCAGCAAUUCCAUAUUAUGAAUAGAUUUAUCUAUAAACUUCUGCUUGACAGUUAAUUAAUAUUGAUCCACAAAGUGAAAUUAACACUUCUUUUGUGUGUGUGUGUGUGUGUGUGUGUGUGUGUGUGUGUGUGUGUGNGUGUGUGUGUGUGUGUGUGUGUGUGAAUCAUUUUAUAUAUCGAUCCGGAAACUACUACAUUUUUACGAGAACAAAGUCUGCCACAACCAUCGUUAUUUGCAAAUCGCGCGAAUAUGUUUGAAUCUUAUAAAAUAUUUACAAAUGAGAUCGAUAUUAAAAGAAAUGAGCAAUCACCUUUAUAUUUUUAAUAUUCUCUUGCGUGCAUAGAGAAAGGCGCAGUUCCAAGAUUUUACAACAAAAAGGUGUUAUUGUACCACAUCUUGCUCAGCCGAUGGAAACGUUAACGUAUUACAAUAUGAUACUACUAUAAUAAUAGUAUAUACUGGCAGACAAAUAAGAUAGUUUGGCAGGCAUGGCGAACG